AAGGCGACUAACCAUACUUUUGUAAAGCGGUUUUUAACGUCUCAGGACCAUAAAAAAAUAUAUUUUCAAAAAAAAUGAAGCCGAAUUUACUAAAGCGAUACCAUAUUCAUGAUCUGCUUUUUAAGCAUUUUACGUUGUGACGCACAAUUUUGUAAUUCCAAACACAUUGUUACUCGUAUUCUAAAUAACUUUAAUUAUUAUUAAUAAUAAUUUAAACAAAACUUUUUUAAGUCUUUAAUUAUAAAAUUUUGUAUGUUACGAACAUAUUUUUAUAUGGGAAGAAUGGUCAUUUUAAUUCGAUAAGGAAAAAUUUGUUACUUAAAAAAAUAAUUUAAAUUUUUUAAAGCGAAGCUUAUCUGUUAACUUUAUUUAGCGACAAAAAAAACUUAGGUGCUAGAAAAUACUUACUAUUAAUAACUCAUAAUAGUUCAUAAAAUAGCAAAUGUCGGGAAUUAUUAUAUAACAAUAGCAGUACGCCGAAAUGGAACCAUAUUCGAGUGAUUUAGUCUGGUUGGUGGUAUGCGGUUUUAUAGUGGCAUUUAUUUUGGCAUUUGGUAUCGGGGCUAAUGACGUAGCGAAUUCUUUCGGCACAAGCGUCGGCUCUAAGGUUCUUACAUUAACACAAGCAUGCAUACUGGCAACUAUUUUCGAGAUCGCUGGAGCUGUUCUUAUUGGGUACAAAGUAUCAGACACAAUGCGUAAGGGUAUAUUGGACGUGUCGUUGUAUGCAGACGGAGGCGAAAGGUUGCUCGCGGCUGGUUGUCUAUCAGCUCUGAUAGCUGGAGCUUCGUGGUUAAUAUUAGCUACGGCGCUGCGGCUACCAGUGUCAGGGACACAUUCGGUCGUUGGAGCUACUGUUGGUUUCACACUGACCGCUAAAGGACCGGUUGGUGUCCGUUGGUCUACUCUUGGGGCUAUUGUGUUAUCGUGGUUUAUUUCUCCGGCACUUAGCGGUGCAGUGUCAGCAUUGUUGUUUUGGUUGGUCCGAAGGUUUAUACUUCGUGCUUCGAAACCGAUAAUUGCAGGAUUGCAGGCAUUGCCGUUCUUUUAUGGUGCUACUAUUGCCAUUAAUGUACUUAGCGUAGUGCACGAUGGUCCGAAAUUGUUGGCUAUGGAUAAAAUACCCCUGUGGGUUGCACUGGGCGGUUCGCUAGCGCUCGGGGUGGUGGGAGCGGUAUGCGUACGUGCCUUUCUCGUACCCUAUUUUCGACGCCAGCUUGUUCCGCCUCCGGUUAAUUUUACUCUUGGGCCAUCAAAUGAGACAACACCAACUAAUACUCCAACACACGGUAAAAAUAAUGUAGCGCAACGUCCGACAUCAUUACUGUCUGAAGAUGGUAAACUUUUAGAAGCGAUUGCAGAGAGCGCCGAAAUGGUUACAUUGAGCGACGCAGAUAAAUGUUCAGUCGGUGUACGAGAGAUGAAUGCGAGGAACCGAGCUCUUCUAGCUACGAUGGAUGACUGUAGCAUACUAUCGCGAAGCUUAAGUCCGCCUAAUAAAUCAAGAUUACAGCUGAUUGAUGCCGAUCCUCAAAUAAACACGUUAAAAUACAUAGACGAGACGCUCAGUUGUUGCAAGAGCUUAGAUUCCGCUCAGCUCGCUGGAAUGGGGGAGAGUUAUGAUUCAAAAAACGGUUUUCUUGGCGAUUCAUGUGAUACCAUCGCACGCGGGGAGCUCGGCCGCUUAUCAGCUUUGAGAGUUGUACCCGCUAUGGUCGAGUUUGAGACUCCUCCCCCAAGGUCGGACAAGGGGCCGGAGCUGGGCAGCGCGUGGAGUAUCGAGUGCGACGCGCGCAACACGCGGCUGGCGGCCAUCACGCCCAACUCCAGCGCCGCGCCGCUGCUGCGCGCCGCCAGCCCCGCGCCGCCCGCGCCGCCGCCCCCGCCGCCCGACACUCUGCGGCUCUUCUCCUUCCUACAGGUGCUCACUGCCACCUUCGGGGCGUUCGCACAUGGCGGCAACGACGUUAGUAACGCCAUAGGGCCUCUCGUGGCGCUGUGGCUGUUGUACUCGGAGGGCGGCGCGCACGCGCGGGCGGAAACUCCGCUCGCAAUAUUAGUGUUCGGCGGCGUCGGCAUCGCGCUGGGCUUAUGGCUGUGGGGUCGCCGGGUCAUUCGUACAGUGGGGGAAGAUCUCACCAGUAUCACGCCCGACACUGGUUUCACCAUCGAGUUGGGCGCGGCGCUGACCGUUUUGGUGGCGAGCAAGGCGGGGCUGCCCAUUUCCACUACUCACUGUAAGGUGGGCUCCGUUGUGUGCGUCGGAUAUUUUUCAGAAAAAUCCGUGGAUUGGAGUCUAUUCAGAAAUAUAAUAUUCGCAUGGUUGGUGACCGUCCCUGCCGUGGCGGGCACGGCGGCGCUCGCUAUGUUGGCCCUAGAAGCGUUUGUUGUUUAAGCAAAACAUCAAAUGUUGUUGAAACAUUGAGUCGUCAGCGAAAUUCUUCAUUUUUAUGUUCGUUAUUAACCUAUUUAACAAUAAGAAAUUCAUACCUGUUAACAGCGAAAUAAAUCUCUAGACACGUCACUUACAAAAUUAAUAGCAAA